AUGAACCCAAAUCUUAUGCCAGCUGUCUUGCAAUGCUUAAUGGCCAUUGUUCAUCGUGCUUUUGAGACUGCAUUAUCAUGGCUGGAGGCUCAAAUAUGCGAGACAGGAGAUGCUGCUGAGGUCAGAGAGUCAACUCUGGUUGUCCAUGCUUGUUUUCUCAUAAAGAGUUUGUCUGUUAGAGAAGAACACAUUCGGGAUGUAUCUGUUAAUCUGUUGUCUCAAUUGAGAGAGAGAUUUCCACAGAUUCUGUGGAAAUCAUCUUGUUUGGAUUCUCUUUUGUUCUCUGUGAAUGGUGAUCCACCUUCAUCUCUCGUGAAUGAUCCUGCUUCAGUAGCUUCUGUUCGCUCUUUGUACCAAAGCGUUGUCAAGGAGUGGAUUGUUGAUUCGCUAUCCUAUGCUCCAUGCACCACCCAAGGUCUUCUUCAGGAGCAACUUUGUAAAGCAAACACAUGGCAAAAAGCACAGCCCACUACAGACGUUGUCUCUCUUUUAUCUGAAAUAAAAAUAGGAACAGGGAAAACGGAUUGUUGGAAGGGUAAAAAAACUGCCAACAUUCCUGCAGUAAUGGCAUCUGCAGCUGCUGCAUCGGGUGGAAAUUUGAAGUCAACAGAGGCGUUUAAUAUUGAGCCUGUUCACUUUGGAUUUGUUGUUUCAAAGUAUCUUCACGAAUCUCUUAAUUUGGGAGGAAUCUCAUUUGUUUUGCGCAUGAUAAGCUUUCAGUAUGACUACUAUUCCUCAGAUCAUAAUCCUUAUGUCUCUCUUCAUUAUUGGAUAUGGGGUCCUAAACUUCAUGUGGCUCAAAAUUUUCCUCAUAUGGCGUUACUUCCGAUUUUGGGAACUGGUAAGUAA